UUUGCAUGUGUUCCUAUGUGUUUUCAGGAAUCCAGGUGUACGAGAAGGUGGAGAAGAAGGAAGUGGAAGGGAGAGGUGGAGUGUGAGAGUGAGGACGGGGAGGUGAAAUCACUCGCCAAACGUGCAGAAAAAAAAGCAUCUGGACAUAAAGGAGUGAACUGCAGUUUCUAUUUUAAAAUUGGAGCCUGUCGACAUGGAGAUCGGUGUUCCAGAAUACACAACAAACCAACAUUUAGCCAGACAGUGCUCAUCCUCAACUUGUACUGCAAUCCCCAGAACUCGGCCAAGUCAGCAGAUGGCUCACACUCCACAGUGAGCGAUGAGGAGAUGCAGGAACAUUAUGACAACUUCUUUGAGGAGGUGUUUGUGGAGUGCGAGGACCGCUAUGGCGAGAUUGAAGAGAUGAAUGUAUGUGACAACCUGGGGGAUCACUUAGUUGGCAAUGUCUACAUCAAGUUCAAGUAUGAGGAGGAUGCAGAGAAGGCAGUGGUGGACCUGAACAAUAGGUGGUUUGGAGGUCGUGCCAUAAAUGCAGAACUCAGUCCAGUCACAGACUUCCGAGAAGCAUGUUGCCGCCAGUAUGAAAUGGGAGAGUGUACAAGGAGUGGCUUCUGUAACUUCAUGCACCUCAAGCCCAUCUCCAGAGAGCUGAGGAGAGAACUGUACAGCAGAAAGCGAAGAAGAUCUCACGGCAGGAGCAAUCGCCACAGGUCAAGGUCUCGGAGCCGCAGGUCACACUCCAGGUCUCGGUCACGGCGGCGAGAGUAUCGAGACAACUCGGCAUCCUUGGAGCGGUUCCGGUCGCACUCGCAGGACAAGGAGCGUGAAGGCAGGUUUGGGAGGUUUUAGUGCUCAGGUGGUUCUUGGUGAUGAGGAUAAAUGAUCUCAGUGCUCUCAAUGGAAAGGAGUGUAACAUUUGCUUUAGUAUGUUCUCAGAACCCUUUACUUAAUUGUUUUUGUAUUCUUUGUAUGUCUUAUUUAUUCAUAGUAAGUGAUUUGUUGCAGCUAAUUCCGUUAAACUAUACUUGUGCAAAGCUCAAGCUUUUGUGACAGGAAAUGUGGAAUUCAUAGCUGAAUCCAUUUUGUUUUAUAGUAGAUUAUGAUUAACUAAGGAUUUUAUUAUCUUGAUAUUAUUUAUAUGUCAUUGUUUCUUAUCUAUUUAUAAGAUCAAAGUUAUUUUAAGUUGUAUGCCAGUCUUGAAUUGGUACUCGUCUAGUCUACUUGAUACUCAUUGGCUGUGCCGUGUGAGGGUAAGCACAGUCUGCCUGGGUCAGCCAGCACAUGUCAGCUCCAUUUGUGUGUGCUUUUAUGUUUGUGUGUUGCUCACUCAGACAGGGUUGUAAAAUAGAAUUUUAAUGAUAGAUCAGGGAAUGAAAAUAUUCUUAGCUAUGUAGGGUAGAAUCUCAAGUUACUUUAAUAUUAUGAACUUCCAAUUUACAUGUUAGAUUUGACCAAAAUUGGUGUGGUGGUUGAUUUUCUUCCAUAAAUCACCAAAUUAAGGAAUAUUGGCAUGACCACCAAGCAUUGGUGGCCAUUUGCCCAUGAGUGGUUACUGGCCGACCUGACAUCUUUAAUAGGUGUUGUGGCCACAAGUAUGUCAGGAAGUGCAGGGAGUUUUGGUAAUUCACAAAACUUACCUUGCAAUUAUACAAAUGAUAUUUGUAUUGAUUCUCAUAACAAAUGAUGCAGGUUUUGAUUUUUAGGUCACUAUCUUACAUUCCACUCUUUUGAAGUUGUUCUUUGCAACUUGUAUGUUGAAAACUGUAUACCCUUGUGCAUAAGUUAAGUUUUUAAGGUGAAGGAGUAAGAGAAGAAGGCAUAUGGAGAUAGAGAUGAGUAAAAGUAAGGAGGAUGGGAUGGUGGGAGGCAGUAUCAAUAGACUGGCUCAAACUGGAAAAAAGGGAUGUCCGUUUAGUCUAUUGCAAGUCAAUGGCUAUUCAUACUCAAAUAUAAAUAGAUAUGUGGGCCAAAAUAGACAAAUGGUGGUUGCAGUGGUGACUGACACCAUAAAAUGUGGGAGGACUUUACCGCUAGCUUGUUUUGUUCCAUUAUCCUGAAAGUUAAGGACUGACAUGCCUAAUGUUCACCUUUACCAGUACUAUAUAUACUACAAUUUUGUUGUGAAGACACAAGAGACUUGCACAUACAAGAGAUAACACUGUUCUUAUGAAAGUUAGCUACUAAGUAGCUCAGAUAAUUUAUGAUAAGUAAUAUUGCAAUAAUUGUUAACAACCGAAUAGGUGCAGAUAUAAAUGUAGAUGGAUUAACAGAAAACUUGCUGCAUGUUCAUUUGAAAUAGUCUAUGCAGAAAAGUAAUCCUGUGUUCCAGAGAUAGAAGGUUUGAGAGAUCAGACCUGCAACAGUUUACACUCUCUUUGUGAAAGCUGACCAAAGAAUAUUAGACCUAAAGGUCCACAACACUGCAUGCUGUUCACUUCUCAAGGACACAGCAGCAACAUCGACUAAAUAAAAAAGCUAGAACUGUU